AUGGGGCAGCGCGAUCGGAUGUUCAAGGUGCUGGUGGUGGGGGACGCCACGGUGGGCAAAACAUCGCUGGUGCAGCGCUACGCCAACGACAGCUUCAACCGGCACUACAAAUCCACCGUGGGAGUGGAUUUUGCACUGAAAGUGGUUCAGUGGUCAGAGUCAGAGACGGUUCGGCUGCAGCUCUGGGACAUUGCAGACCCCACAGGGCAGGAACGUUUCACAUCCAUGACCCGCCUGUACUACAGGGAAGCCUCAGCCUGUGUCAUCAUGUUCGAUGUCACCAACAGCAGCACCUUCAGCAACAGCCACAGGUGGAAACAGGACCUGGACAGCAAAUUGGUGCUGCCAGAUGGGAGCCCCGUGCCCUGCCUGCUGCUGGCCAACAAGUGUGACCUUUCCCCCUGGGCAGUGACCAGGGAAGAAAUCGAUCGGUUCAGCAAAGAAAAUGGAUUUUCAGGAUGGGUGGAGACGUCUGUGAAGGAAAACAAGAACAUCAGCGAGGCCAUGAGGGUUCUGAUUGAGAAGAUGAUGUCCUCAUGCACAGGAGAUGGGAGCUCUGCCUCUGCUGGCACUGGGGAUUACAUCACCAUCAAGGACACCUCUCCUCCAGGCUGGGCCUGCUGCUAAAGCCCCUGAGCUUCCUCAGCACUCCUGGGCUUCUUCUCACCAUCAUCAUCAUCAUCACCACCAUCAUCAUCACCUUUCCCUAAACUCUCACUGCUUUGGGGGCUUUUUUUCCCCCCCACUGUGAUUUUGAACUUUUCUCCUUCUCAGUGACAAUUUCCUCAGCAGACUCUGCUGCAGUGACUUGGAGUGAGGAAUGCCAGGAAGAGGAGGGGGAAAAUUCCUCUUUUUUUUUUUUUUUUUUUUUUUUUUUCCCACUGGAAGCUUUGAUGGAGCACAAUCCAUGUCCAAGCAGUGCCUUGGAUUGCAUUGAAUUUUUUAUAUUUUAAUUUUUUUUUUUUAAUUUUU